AUGUCCAACAUUGCAAAGCUCGAGUUUGCAGCACUUGAAGUUAGUGGGAAAAACUAUGUGCCAUGGAUGAUAGAUGUAAAAAUGCAUCUUGAGUCCAUGGGAAUCUCAAAUGCUAUAAAUGAAUUUAAUAAUUGCUUGGCACAAGACAAAGCAAGAGCACAAGUUUUCCUUCGUAAGCAUAUUGAUGAAAUGUUGAGAUUUGAAUAUCUUGAUGUUACUGAUCCAAGUAUUCUCUGGAAUCUUUUAAAAGAAAGAUUUGAUCAUCAACAGGAAGUUAUACUUCCAAAUGCUAGAGAUGAAUGGAGAACACUAAGGUUUCAAGACUUCAAGAAAGUAAAUGAAUACAACUCAGCUUUGUUCAGAAUAUGUUCACAACUCAAGUAUUGUGGACAAGAACUUACUGAUGAAGAUAUGUUGGAGAAAACUUACUCCACAUUUCAUGCAACAAACAUUACCUUGAUGCAACAAUAUCGGAUGCAAAAGUUCACAAGAUAUUCUGAACUAAAUGCAUGUAUGCUUGUUGCAGAGCAAAACAAUGAGCUCUUGAUGAAAAACCAUGAAUCUCGUCCAACAGGAUCAGUAGCACUUCCUGAAGCAAAUGCUACAAAUAUUGAUGGUAAUAAUCGUGGUUGUGGCCAGAAAAGGAAUAAUUACCAAUCUUCACAAAGAAACAAUGUCCAUACACAAGAUAACGCCAAAGUGGCAAGGCAUGAUACUGGGACAUCACAAAAAUCUGAUGGUUCAUGUUAUAGAUGUGAUAGCACAGGCCAUUGGUCAAGGACCUGUCGCACACCUGCACAUCUUUGUCAACUUUAUCAAGAGUCCAUUAAAGGAAAAGGAAAAGAAGCAAACCUCGUUGAUAAUGUUGAAUUCACUCCGCUAACUUUUGAUGAAUUCUGCAAUGAGAUGGAAGACAUAAACUAA